GUCCUGAAAAAGGAAGGGCCCACACUGUUUUCAUCUCACAGAAACGGAAAAAUAGUCGUAUAAACAAAACACGUACUCGUAGAAUCAUAAGUCCCGCCCAAAAACGAAAAAUAACAAAACUCGAAAAAAUAAACAAGAAAUCCAAGAAUCACGACCCUCUCUUCUUCUUUCUUCAUCAAUGGCGUCAAGAUCUGCUUCAAUCUCCUUGAAGAUUGUCUCCCUCUCCCUCUUCAUUCUCCUCCUCUCCCUCUCAGGCGCCGUGAGGCCGGUCAACUCCAUACCCGAAAGGGAGUUCGACUCCAUGCUAGGCGCCCUAAGAGCCCGCGGAUUCAACCUCUUCUCCAACGCCAUCACCACCUCCGACCUCCACUUGCAACUCCUCUCCGACUCACUCUCCACCCAAAUAGCUCAUGGGAAUAAUACUCGUCCUCGCUUCUUCACCUUAUUUGCCCCCACCAACUCCGCCUUAUUCACCCUCGAUAUGACACAAACGGCGUCCUCUUAUACUGACACCCUCCGCCUCCACAUCGUCCCCCGUCACCUCACGUUAUCCGGCCUCCGCAGCCUCGCUUCACUCCCCACACUUCUUCCCUCACGUUCCCUCCGCGUGACCACCAGGCCUGUCUCUUCCCGCCAUGGGCUUCGGUCUACUCGCUUGAUCGUCUCCGUCAACAACAUAGACGUCGUUUUCCCGGGGCUCUACUACGGCCGUUACGUGGCCGUUCAUGGCUUGAACGGCGCUCUCGGCCUCGGACUGCAGUCUCCAUUGCCACACGGUUUUCGCCAUCCGGAUCAUUCCUCUACUCGCCGUCCCCGCAGGUUUCUGCUUCCAGUUAACCGCACAACAGUCUCUCCGGUUCCAGACGUUGCUUUGAAUAACCGAACUAGUCGUAUGGACUUCGCUGAGGCCAACCGUACUACACCAGAAUCCGAAGGCAUGCACCGUUACUCCCCGGCGGCGACAACUGGAAAUAUUGGGAUUUUGCAACUGGAGGAUCAUAUUCCUGCGAAACAUUCCCGAUCGAUCAUGGUUUCGCUGUUGGAGACUGGAAAUGGUGAUCACGGGCAUGAGUCUUCCGGCGAAGCCCCGUCGCCGUCGAUGGAUGUGCUAGAAGAUGGGAUGAUAAUGGGGGAGAAACUUUGGCUGUUGGAUGAGCAAACCGAGGACUAG